UGCGGGCCGGACGCUGGCGACGCUGCAGGUGCAGCCCAGAGGCGGCGCGCGGAUGCAGAUCUGUGGAUCCAGAGUAGCAUCUGUAGCAGCUGGGAAGUCAUUCCAGGCUCUUGGCCCAGCGUUUUGGCAACAAUUUGACUGGAAGAUGGCAGCCAGGGUGCUUUGGAGCGGCCUCAGCCUGCUCCGCGUGCUGUGGUGCCUCCUUCCGCAGACAGGCUACGUGCACCCAGAUGAGUUCUUCCAGUCACCUGAGGUCAUGGCAGAGGACAUCCUGGGCGUGCAGGCCACCCGGCCCUGGGAGUUUUACCCUAGCAACUCCUGCCGCACGGUGGUCUUCCCUCUGCUCACCUCUGGCUCUACCUUCUGGCUGCUCAGGCUCUGGGAAGAGCUGGGGCUGUGGCCUGGCCUAGUGAGUGGCUACACGCUGCUGGUGGGGCCCCGGCUGCUCGUCACCGCCUUCUCCUUUUCUCUGGAUGCAGCUGUGUACCACCUGGCCCCACUGUGGGGGGCGAACCGCUGGAGCGCCCUGGUCCUGCUGUCUGGCUCCUACGUCACCCUGGUCUUCUACACAAGGACCUUCUCCAACAACAUCGAGGGACUGCUCUUCGCGUGGCUGCUGGUGCUGGUGUCCCCCCGUGUAAUACAGAGCCCCACACCCAAUAAGUCUGCUCCAAGGCCAUGGUGGCACAGCUGGCUUCUUGGGGGCAUCGUGGCUGCUGGCUUCUUCAACCGCCCCACCUUUCUGGCCUUUGCUCUGGUCCCCCUCUUCCUCUGGGGCACUCGUGGAACCACAAACCCUGGUUUCAAGUCCCUUGUCCGAAAGGCCCUGUCACUCCUCCCGGGGGCAGCCUUUGCAGCAGCGGUGUUUGUGGCCACGGACAGCUGGUACUUCUCCAGCCCCUCUAGGUCCAGUUCCCUUGUUCUCACUCCCGUCAACUUCUUACACUACAACCUCAAUCCCCAAAACCUGGCACGGCAUGGCACACACGCACGGCUCACUCACCUGGCAGUCAAUGGCUUUCUGCUCUUCGGGGUGCUGCAUGCUCAGGCCUUGCAGGCUGCGUGGCAACAGCUCCGAGUCUGCCUCCAGGCCUUUGCACGCACGGGCUUCCGGAGGGCGCCGGGUGCCUGGAGCCUGCUGUCCAGCCCUAGGUCUUACCUCCUUCUGCUCUACUUCAUGCCCCUGGCCUUGCUGUCUGCCUUCAGCCACCAGGAGGCUCGGUUCCUAAUUCCCCUCCUGGUCCCCGUAGUCCUGCUUUGCAGCCCACAGACCCACCCUGUGCCCUGGAAGGGCACCCUGUUUCUCUUCAAUGUCUUAGGUGCCUUCUUCUUCGGCUGCCUGCACCAGGGGGGCCUGCUGCCAGGCCUGGAGUACCUGGAGCAGGUGGUCCACACGCCGGUGCUCCCAGGCACACCUACCCACUACACACUCCUCUUCACCCACACCUACAUGCCCCCCCAGCACCUCCUCCACCUCCCAGGCCUGGGGUCACCUGUGGAGGUGGUGGACAUGGGUGGGACUGAGGACUGGGUCCUGUGCCAAGCCCUGAAAAGCUUCACCAAACAACCAGCCUGCCAAGUGGCCGGUGGGCCGUGGCUCUGCCGCCUCUUUGUGGUGACCCCUGGCACCACCAGGCGUGCUGUGGAAAGGUGCCACUUCCACCUCAAAAAUGAGACACUCAUGUUCCCCCAUUUGACCCUGGAGGACCCCCCAGCCCUGUCCUCCCUGCUGAGUGGGGCUUGGAGAGACCACCUCAGUCUUCACAUCAUGGAGCUUGGGGCUGAAACCUGACAGUAUGACAGACCAGCCACUGCCCAAGAUUCAGCCAUAGAAGGUGCCACUCCACCUUCUACUUGGGUAGCUGGGCUGGGACCCUGGAACAGGGCUCUGGCUCACCUUCAGGAUUCCCAUUGUGGCCUUUCCUGGGCACAGCUGUUGGCUGUUCUGCCUUCUGGGUGAGCUGGCACCUUCCCUCAGAGACUAAAGAUCUGACCUGUCACAGUCCUGGUGCCAAGGUCCCCAAAGAAGCCUGGUGUAACCAAUGGCAACUGAUGUCUGUUCCUGCCCUAUUCCUUCCAGCCACUGUGAUGUUUUAAAUAUAUAACAGCACCUGGUUGUGAAAAAAGACAACAAAUUGCUAAUGACAUUCCUCAAUGACCUCUCCCAAACUUUCCCUGGUGCCUUACUUCUUGCUGUCAUGACAACCCUUUGGCUUCCUAAGGCCAAUCUGGCCUUCCAAAUACACGCAAGGCAGUGUGGUAGAGGGAACAGGUGGUUCAGAU